AAUAAGGACCACUUACCAAGCAUGUGCUAAGAGUUUUACACUUUCUUAGUCCUCAUGAUGCCUCCCCACAUAUUUGGUAGUACUAUUCUCAUUUUGCAGAUGAGUCCACUGACUCUCAGGAAGGUUAAGUCACUUUCCCAAGAACACACAGCUUGUUUAAGCAGGGGAAGGCCUGGAUGUCACAGCUCUUUCAAAGUUCUUUCCACCGCAGUGCCUUGACAUAAAAGAGUAUACACUCUUCUCUUUUCUCUUCCUUACUUACUAUUCCCCAUCUAGCUUAAAUGAACAUCCUUGUUGAAGAACCACAGCCAAACCAGCCUUGCCCCUGGGGCCAGAAGAAUCCAUCCCCCCUCACUGCAGUGGGAACAGACAGGCAGCUUCAGCAAGGGAGGAGAGAAUCCCCCAAAGCUGGAGCUGCAGGACGGACUGUUCGGCCUGACCUACCCAGUCAAGGCCCCUACUUCUCCUCGCUAGCUAGGUGUCAGGUACCACUCGCAGGGAUAGGGAUCCGGGGUCAGAGAGCCCUUCUUCCUCAGCCCAGACAGCCUGGCUGGCACCACCGCAGUGUUGGAGUAGGAUCCCAGCUCCAAAACCACUCCCACCAGGGUCCAGAGCUGGAAGACCAGGCGGAAAGGCUCUGCUGACUCCCCAGAAGUCUCGAGCAAGACCUGACACCCACUCCUCACCACUGUGUCAGCCUGGGAGCCCGUCCUGUGGGCUCCGGCGGCGCAGCCCGCGCUGCUGCUGGAGCGCCUUUGCACGCAGCUGCCGCCCAGCGCCCGGACCCAGAGCAGCCCGCGGGCGGCGGGACCCCGGAGGAGUGCAGCCCUCUGAGCCCCGAGAGCCUCAGCCUCGAGGUUGAGAGACGGGCAGUCGGAGAACCUCUUGGGAGCUGCUGUCAGUCGGGUUGGAUCACCUAGAUUUGUAACUCGAUAAAGGUCCAGGUCCCCGAGGGGUAUCUCCAGCUAGCAUCUCUGGCCCUCGGACGGUGAACUCGGAGUCCAGGCUGCUCUGUGGGCAAACCGACUGGAGUUCCGUUCUCCGGCCCCGCGACAGCCUCGCACCCCCCGGCCCUCCCCAAGCACGGAGGCCUUUGCAGCCGUCCGGCUCAGCCCUCCUGGGCAGCGGCGGAACGGACUCCAGCUGCUCCAAGCGCCCCGACUGGGCUCUGGGGAACCUCGUCUGCCCGGGUGGCUCUCCCUGGGGUCUGAACCCCUCGCGCCCCCGCGCGUCCUUCUUUGUUUCUGAGCUUGCUCUGAAAGUGAUGUAACGAGGCCAGACUCGCGCGCCGUUUUCCCUCUUUUCGCAGACUAAGUCCUUCCUCCCUCCAGCACCCGAUGCUCUGCGCGCAGAGCCGGGCGCUGGGCUGUGCUGUCACUCCAUUCCCAGAGCUCUGGAGACCGACGGGCACUGUUGGGAGAGACGCACUCUCACGUCCCACCUCCUGGAUGCAGAGUCAGUGGGGAAAGCUAGGCUUUCCUUCCAGAAACAAGGGAGAGAGCCGAGGGGACAGCUGUUGUGGAGGUUUCUAAGGAGACUCAGACUGGCUUCUUUCCCUGCUCCUGGGAGACGGCAGGAAACCUCAGAAGGGAGGACCACUGCUCCCUAGCCAGCAAGCAGCCCCCAACCUGGAUGGAGUGAAAGAUGCGGCCUGAUGACAUUAACCCGAGGACUGGGCUAGUGGUAGCCCUGGUCAGUGUCUUUCUGGUCUUUGGCUUCAUGUUCACCGUCUCUGGGAUGAAAGGAGAGACUCUGGGAAACAUACCCCUCCUGGCCAUCGGGCCAGCCAUCUGCCUGCCAGGCAUUGCAGCCAUUGCCCUGGCCAGGAAAACUGAGGGAUGCACUAAGUGGCCAGAAAAUGAGCUGCUGUGGGCCCGCAAGUUGCCCUGCUUCCGGAAACCCAGGGACAAGGAGGUGGUGGAACUGCUGAGGACCCCUUCAGACCUGGAGUCAGGCAAGGGAAGCUCAGAUGAGCUGGCUAAGAAGGCGGGCCUCAGAGGAAAGCCUCCCCGCCAGGGGCAGACCGAGGUGCCUGUGGCCAGUUCCAUCACCACCCCCACACCCACGGAAGAAGGAGAAUGCCAGAGCCUGGUCCACAGUGGGCAUCAGGAGGAGACAUCCAGAUACCUGGACGGCUACUGUCCCUCAGGCAGUUCCUUAGCCUACAGUGCCUUGGAUGCCAAAUGCUCAGCCUGGGACAGAUCUGAGUGCCCUGAGCCUGAGGACAGCAUCUUCUUUGUGCCCCAGGACAGUAUCAUCGUUUGCUCCUACAAGCAGAACAGUCCCUAUGACAGAUACUGUUGUUACAUCAAUCAGAGUCAAGGCAGGUGGGACCACGAGACAAUAGUCUGAGCUUUGCAUACAAGAGUCGCUUUGUUGAUAGAAACGUGGCUACACUCAGCUUCCAGGGGAAGGAAACUGCCCUGUUCCAACAGCCUUCACACUGUUAGAAAUUGACUUGGUAUGUGAUGGAUAUGCAAACCUGGGGUUCCUGAGAGCCAUGUAAAUAGGCAUGUUGGGGACAUAUUUUAGGGAAGGGUGAUAAGGGUUAAGGACACUGGAAGAGGCAUCUGGUAGGAGAGGAAGCAAUUCCAGUUGCUUUUUAACAACUAAAUCAUGCUGGAUGUUUUGUAAACAUCCAGAAAGUGGAUGUUUCUGGUAACCCAGAAAGUGCUACCCAGCACCUGCUAAAAGGAAGAAAAAUCUAGAGUGGGCUGCAGAUAUCAGCCAUGAAACGAUACAUGGGCUUGCCAUAGGGAAACUGAGCUGCUUUCAGUCUGAAUAAAUUGAAAGACAAAACAAUUUAGUGCUUCAUUAUAUGAAAUGAUUUUUCUCUGGUGAAAGCUCUUCACACUUAAUAUUUAUUUGCUGAAGGAAAAAAAGUCAAGAUAGAAAAGCUACAUCCCUCUUUAGGUGGGAUGGAUUUUGGAGAAAGGGGAGUUAAAAACAGUUGAAUUAUGUAAUUGAGUUUUAUGGCAUUAUCCUCUGACAAGAUCAGAGAUUUCAAAUAAAGUAAAAUAAGUGUGAACAGCUAAGUAAAAAAACUAACAAUUUUAGAUGGCUAUGUUAGUUCUCAAACUCUUCAUUUAAAUUGAUUUACUGGGUCUUUAUCUUAAGUGUUUUUUAACAUUUACUAUCAUUCAUGUAUAAUUUCCUCAUCAGGUGCAAAAUGACUUGACAUAAUAUUUUCAUAGAUUAGAAUUGUGUUCAUCAAGUCAAAAUGGGCUUUACAUAUGUAUACAAGUGUCUUUAACCUUUCUGGGAGAUAUGUACUGGUAAUUACUAUUCCUAUAUGCCUUUUAAAACCUGGAAACUAUGAAGUCAAUACAUUAGUCUUGAACUUUACGCAGAAUUUACAUAAAAUGCCAUGGUUAAACUUC